AAACACCAGCUGGCUGCUUGAGGUGUUGUGUUCUGUUGUGUUGUUUCUCUCUUUCCUCUCCGAUUAUUCCUCUUUACUCUGUAAAAUCUCAUAGGGAACCAAAAAAAAUCUUCUUCAAACAAGCAUUUCUGGGUUUCUUCUUCAUUCUGGAAUAGGACAUUAGUUGCUUGUAUUGGAAAUGGAAAUAAAAAUGGUUGUCCUUAUUCAAGAGUAAGAUUCUUCCUCCUCUGGGAGGACUUGGAUUUGAGAUUUGUGCGUAAUUUACCGAGUUUCGUUGAGAAAUGGGAGAGCAUUGACUGAUUUUCUCAGAGACUCCGCUUUACUUGUAUUCCCGAGCGGAGCUGCUCUGAGAAAGAUACAUGUACUAGCAAGAUGAUUGACCAAUUCAUCAAUUUCAUUAUUCGGCCACCCAGGGCUGAGUAUGAUCCAGAUCAGUACCUAUGCGAAAAGGAAUUCACCCUUUUAGGAAGACAAUACCAAAGAAAGGAUUUGGAGCUCAAGAAUGCCAGAGGAUAUACUUUGAAAUGUAGUCAUUACAUCCCUUCACAUUUCCCGGAAGAUAUAUCCCUUCCUUGUGUUAUCUAUUGCCAUGGAAAUAGUGGAUGUAGGGUAGAUGCUAAUGAAGCUGCUGUGGUUCUUCUUCCAUCAAAUAUUACUGUUUUUACGCUUGACUUCUCGGGGUCAGGCUUAUCUGAUGGUGACCAUGUUAGCCUUGGUUGGCAUGAAAAAGAUGACCUCAAGAUGGUGGUCUCGUAUUUAAGAAGUAACAAACAAGUAUCUCGUAUAGGUCUCUGGGGACGAUCAAUGGGAGCUGUCACUAGCCUUCUUUAUGGAGCUGAAGACCCUUCUAUUGCUGGACUGGUGUUGGACAGCGCCUUUUCAAACUUGUACGACUUGAUGAUGGAGCUUGUUGAUGUCUAUAAAAUCCGACUUCCAAAAUUCACUCUUAAAAUGGUUGUACAAUACAUGCGGCGGGUUAUUGAGAAGAAAGCAAAGUUUGAUAUUAUGGACCUUAACUGUUUGCAGGCAGCACCGAAGACAUUCAUUCCGGUUUUAUUUGGACAUGGUAACGACGACGACUUUGUUCAGCCUCAUCACUCUGAUCUCAUCGCUGAAUCAUAUGCGGGAGAUAAAAAUAUCAUAAAAUUUGAUGGUGAUCACAACUCCAUUCGACCACAGAUCUUCUACGAUUCAGUUUGUAUUUUUUUCUACAAUGUCCUCCGCCCUCCUCACAUUCCUAGAGCUCGUAGGUUUGAGAAAUAUUACAGUUUGAGAGAUACAAAAAUCAGUUCUGCUGUGAAUGAGGGCCUAUUAUAUGAUUUACUGUCUAGUUUGCGGGCUUCGACUACUGAUGCUGCUAGUUCAUCUUCUGCUAUUCGAACCAUUUCAAAUUCGACCAUAGCAUCAGAAUCUGUGAUUAGAGAAGACACAACACAUGGCAAUGGUGAACCUGCAGAUGCAAAGGAUGAGCAAAAGUUUCCAACUGAAGAUUAUUUCUCAUAUAGUAGUUCAGCAAGAGAAAGUUGGGAUGGUGAUAAUGAUUCUGAGGUAUUUGCAACACCUAUGGGAAGUAUGAGAGAAGCAUUGGCAGAACCAAAAGAAGGUGAAAAGAAUCAGAAGAAGAAGAAGAAAAAGAAAGCCGAAAAGGUUACAAAGAAACUUAAGCCUGACAGGUUUGAGAAGUUGGAAUCCUUCAGUCGACGCCUGCGGUUCUGCAUUCUGAAGGGAUCUGUCCAUCAAAGACACCAAUCCACUUGAUUGAUGCCGUGUCUUCAUCAAACAUUAUUUGUUUUUCAUAACAUCAAUGUAAUAUGAUUCUCAACAUGAAACUCAACAUGUAUGUAGUAUGAUUCUCUUAUAGGAAAUAUUAAACAUGUUUUGUGUAAAGUAUUAUUGAUUAAUCUUUCUGAC